GGCCUGGCGGAAGUCAGCCUGUGCGCAGGCGCACUGCGGCUCCAGCAUGGGAGCAAGGGGACCGCCUGGAGCCGGAAACGAAGAAAGAAGCUAGUGGAGUCUUGAUUUGGUCGGAUACAUGUUUCCCCUGCUCUCCAAAAGCAGCGUGUUCGUACGUGAAACCAUUCCUACAUGAAACCUUUCAUAUUUCAUAAGCUGAAAUGGCCUAAAGCAAAAAAAAAUCUUGCUAACAGAUGCACGAAAUAAAUCAAGAUAAAGCACAGAUGCUCACAGACACAGUUCAAAGCUAUAGCAACUUGAUGCUGAGAUGCUGAAUGUAGUUCUGGGGAAAGAGCUUGGCGGUGCCACUGCCCAUGGUGGUACCCGGGGUGUGCUCCCUCUGUAAUUCACUGCAAAACAAGCACUGUAUGCUAUUUUUUUCUGCAUUUUCUUAUAAAAGCAAAAGCCCUUUACAAAUUUCUUUCAGUUAGCGAAAAUGGGUCCUAACACAGGUCUUUCAUAAAAGUGAAGUGGCACAAAGCAAAUUUUCAAAAUGCAGGGAGUCCUGUGUUGGUUUUAUGGAGAUGGAUCUCACAGUUGGUUUUAUAGGAGGGACAGGGGAGACAGGAGGCAGGAAUGUCAGGCAGGAAGCUACUGCAACAGUCUUAACGUUUUAGAAAACAAGGUCUUCAGAGAUGAACAGCGUAUUCCCCACUUCUGAAGCACAGCCCCAAUUUGGACUUUGAUUAAUACAUCCUCUCUCCCUCAGUUGUGUUCACCAAUUCAGCCUGCUAAAAGCGUACCUAUUCUUCAAGUACCAGUUCGAGUAUCACUUGCUGAAGACAGCUUUGAAACCUCCUUGAACUCUCAUCGCACUUUGGGACCUUGAAUUGUCCUGAGACAAUGCAUGCUAAUUGUCUAAUACAGUGCCUGGCGCAUAACAGAUACACAAAAAAUUGUUAGCCUCACCUGCAUAGUGUUACUCCUUUCUAGGCUGUAGAGUCACCAGGGCUAAAUCUUCAUUUUAUUCAUUUUUCUAACGCCUCCCCCCUCUCCCACGGAUACACACAGAGUAUGUGCUUAAAUAGCCAAGGUUUGUUGAACAAAAUGAAGUCUCCUUGUGAAUGAUCAAGGGCUUUGGAGAUUAGGGAGCUUGGUCAGCUGGCAGGUGGCAUCUGUGACUCAUCCUUCAGCAAGGUCUCACAUCCAGCCCAUCCAGGACCAAACCCAUCUCCCUCACCUUACAAGAAACACAUAAUACUAAAGUCGUCACAGCAUGAGUAGGGCAGCCACUCAUUAUCCACCCAGGAGUCAGGUCUCUGCUCGAGUGACUCACCAGAUCCCUCCCUGACCUGGGACACAGCUAUAAGGAAGGCCAAGCACUGACAAGGCUGGUCAUGUGAAGGAAGUGAUUCAUCCAGGUUCUCAGGCAGGAAACCUUUUCUCCAUAUCAGGCAGCACACCUUUCUGGAACCAACCCAGCAACGUCAGUCAGCCCUGGAAGGGCGGGCGUGUCCGCUGAAGCAGCCUCCUUGUGGAUUAUCUAAGGUGAUUAUGUUCGAAGGCAUCAGCUCAGAGGAGAAAAGAUGAGGUGCCUGCCCUCGGAAGGUUACAUGCCAACGCCAUCAUCCCCCAGACUGCGGAUAGUUCAAAUACAGAAAUGUUCAUGUACACAGAGAAUACAUUGCAAACACCUUUCCCCACGCCUGUGCGACACAAGCCUUUCCUGGACAUUUUCUCCAAGAAUGUCUCCUUUGCUCUGGUGUUGGAUUCAGGAUUCAAGUGAUUUUGCCUGAUAAUGUUCUACUUGUUGAAGGAAGGUGGAAAAUAUUUGAUCUCUUCUCAAAACUCCCUCUUCCCUCUCAGAGAGUAUCAGGCCCACAAUGGACGCCCUGCAACUGGCAAAUUCAGCAUUUGCAGUUGACCUGUUCAAACAACUGUGUGAAAAGGAGCCAGCGGGCAAUGUCCUCUUCUCUCCAAUCUGUCUCUCCACGUCUCUGUCACUUGCCCAAGUAGGUGCCAAAGGUGACACAGCGAACGAAAUUGGUCAGGUCCUUCAUUUUGAAAAUGUCAAAGAUGUGCCCUUUGGAUUUCAGACAGUAACAUCGGAUGUCAACAAACUUAGUUCCUUUUACUCACUGAAAUUAAUCAAACGGCUGUACGUGGACAAAUCUCUGAAUCCUUCCACAGAGUUCAUCAGCUCUACGAAGAGACCCUAUGCAAAGGAAAUGGAGACCGUUGAUUUCAAAGAUAAAUUGGAAGAAACAAAAAGUCAGAUCAACAACUCAGUUAAGGAACUCACAGACGGCCGCUUCGAGAACAUUUUAGCUGACAACAGCGUAAAUGACCAGACCAAAAUCCUUGUGGUUAAUGCUGCCUACUUUGUUGGAAAGUGGAUGAAGAAAUUUCCUGAAUCAGAAACCAAAGAAUGCCCUUUCAGAGUCAACAAGACGGACACCAAACCAGUGCAGAUGAUGAAUACGGAGGCCACGUUCUGUAUGGGCCACAUUGACGGUAUUAACUGUAAGGUCAUAGAGCUUCCCUUUCAAAACAAGCACCUCAGCAUGCUCAUCCUGCUGCCCAAGGAUGUGGAGGAUGGGUCCGCGGGGCUGGAGCAGGUUGAAAAACAACUCAACUCAGAGACACUCUUGCAGUGGACCAACCCCAGCACCAUGGCCAAUGCCAAAGUCAAACUCUCCAUUCCAAAAUUUAAGGUGGAGAAGAUGAUUGAUCCCAAGGCUAGUCUGGAAAACCUAGGGCUGAAAACUAUCUUUAAUGAGGAUACAUCUGAUUUCUCUGGAAUGUCAGAGGCCAAGGGAGUGGCCCUCUCAAAUGUUAUUCACAGAGUGUGCUUAGAAAUAACUGAAGAUGGUGGGGAUUCCAUAGAGGUGCCAGGAUCACGAAUCCUACAACACAAGGAUGAAUUCAAUGCUGACCACCCAUUUAUUUACAUCAUCAGGCACAACAAAACUCGAAACAUCAUUUUCUUGGGCAAGUUCUGUUCUCCUUAAGUGGCAGAGCCCAGGUUAAGCCAAACUCUGCAUCCAGAGAAUCACUUUCUAAAUAUGGUAAAUUGUUAAUAUUGCUGGAUCAAGGAACAGCUGGUACUCACACUAAUAGACACUCUUUCCAAUCCUUUUGUUGUUGUUGUUCCCUCUCUUCCAACCCCAUAGAAGACAGUGCUUUUAACGAAAAUGAAUCACCUUAGAGGAAAAAUAUGUGUUCAUUAUCUGUCAGACUGUCUGGGGUUUGGGGCAGGAAUACAGUCUUCCACCAAGAAAAUUCCUAUAAGGAGGAUGUGGAGGAUUUUAUUCCCAAAGCUUUGCCUUCCUUCACUGGGAUACAGAACGUUCUAGACAUUCUCACUUCCCUGAGAGACUAAAGACACCGUGGUACAUGAGCUCCUCAGAACUUUUCCUGGCACCAGUGAAACUUGGGCACACGUUCAGGCUACUGUAGAAACACAGUUCCUUAAGCUAAACUCUGUGGGACAAAUAUUUUCUUCAAACUCUGAUUUUUUUUUUUGAUUUUAGAAAGAUAAUAUUUUGCACAUACUGUGUGUUAUGGAACUCCACUGAUAGAGGCUGGAACGGCCCCCUGUAAGUCCACAUAUUAAUAUUUCUGACACAAAAUGUACAAUAUUUGCAAGAAACAGAUGAGCAAAGAUGCUAAGUAGCCCAUAAGUGUCAGGCUUGGUUGUCAGGAGCGUGCCACCAGCUUAUGCGAAAACCUUUGUUUUCAGAACUUAUUGAAAUUUUGGAGUGUGGGGACAGGGAAUUGCAGAAUUCUAGUAGUUGACGGGCAGCACCUCAUGGGGAAGUUCAGCUCUUACUAAAAAUUCACUUUCACUUUUGCUAGAAUGCCCACCUGGUCUUUUGGUUGGUGAGACAACACUGGCACAGAAUUCUAACCGACUCACAAGCUUUUGGGUGUCUGACCACCAGGCACUUAAAACACACAGGGGCUUUCACAGUAGCCAAUAAAGGGAUUUUAUGAGUGUUGGAGAAACUUGUCUCUUUGUCUUCUGUGACAGUGGGGAAGGGAAAGGAACUAAAAGCUGUUAGAAAAUGUAAUUAAAGUUCUUUAAGUGCU